AUGGAACCUGAAAUUGCAAAAAAUGUCAGCAUCUCUGAGAAUGGUAGGCCUCCAAACACGCCUGUUCUCUCUAUCGAGAUAACACCCAGCAUCACUGUCUCUCGCGAUUACCCCCUAGGCAUCCUCGUUGAGAUUCACCGAGAGGAGGAUGGCACCAACAAGCCCUGCACUUUCCUAUGGGACGUGGACUGUGACGCAUAG